CUACACCCUUCAUCCCUUCGAAGCUCUCACUCCGGAGGGUAAACCCUUUGAAGAGAUUAGGGCAUAGGGAUGAGACCUUCCGAAUGGAACGCAGGGUGUAUCUCUCUUUUGGGACACAGAACACACGCCCAUUUUUGUUUACGCGCUGAAAACCAGGAAGUAUUUGGAUUCGAGAGAAAUGAAACUUAUUUCUCCACUACAGAAGUGACUCAGCCUCUGUAAUAGAUCCACACAGCUGUUCUUUGUGGCAAAAGCUGUAAAGCAAAUCAUAUUUGAGCUGUAUUUCUGUCGCGCCUUUCUAACAGGACAGAGACUGAGAAUCUGUUCAUCUUUGAACACUGCAAAGAAAUGGCAGAGUCUGCAGUGAGUCAGUAUGUGGAUCAGUUCAGCUGUCCAGUCUGUUUGGAUCCUCUGAAGGAGCCGGUGACGAUUCCCUGUGGACACAGUUACUGUAUGAGCUGUAUUACUGACUGCUGGGGCCAGAAGGAGCAGGGGCCGCCGUACCGCUGUCCCCAAUGCAGAGAGAGCUUCAGUCAGAGACCUCUACUGAAGAAGAACACUCUGAUAGCUGAGAUGAUGGAGACGCUGCAGAAGACGUCCCUACAAACGGCUGCUGUGGAGUGUGAUGUUUGCACUACAGAGAAGAACAGAGCUGUAAAGUCCUGUCUGCAGUGCUUAGCCUCCUUCUGUCAAACUCACCUGCAGCUUCACUAUGAAUCUCCUGCGUUUAUGAAGCACAAACUUGUCGAAGCUUCCAGAAACAUUCAGGAGAACAUCUGCCUCAGUCAUGGGAGACUUCUGGAGAUUUACUGCCGGGAUGAUCAUCAGUGCAUUUGUUGUUUGUGUACAGAUAAUCAUAAUGGACACAGUGUGGUGUCUGUGGAUUCAGAAUGGACUAGUAAAAAGAAAGAGUUAAAGGAGAUAAAGGUGUCGUGUCAGAAGCUGAUCCAGGAGCGAGAGAGAGGUCAGCAGGAACUCAGAGAAACUGUGAAGCUUCUUAAAAGUUCAGCUCUAGAGACCCUGGAGGACAUUGAGAAGGUCUUCACUGAGCUCAUCUGCUCUCUUGAGAAGAAACGCUCUGAGAUUAAAGAGCAGAUCAGAGCUCAGGAGAAGACUGAGAUAGAUCGAGCAGAGGAACUUCACAAACAUCUGGAUCAAGAGCUGACAGAACUCAGAAAAAGACAAGCAGAGAUUGAGAAACUUCUGAAUACUGAUGAUCAGAUCAUUUUUCUGAAGAGCUGUCAGUCUGUGUGUGUUUUACCUUCAUUUGAAGACGUUCCCAGCUUCACUCAACACACUCAUCUGUCUUUUAAAGACAUUUCAAUCUCAGCGUUUAAGGAGGUUUUGAAGGACAUCUGUCAACAACAAACCGCCAAAAUAUCUCCAGAAGUGUCAGAUGUUAAUGUUACAAAGGCUCUAGAACCAAAGACCCAGAAUGAUUUUUUGCAGUAUUUCUGUGAACUUCACCUGGAUCUAAACACUGCAAACAAUAAACUCAAACUGUCCGAAAACAACAGUAAAAUAUCAGGUUCAGAUAAAGCUCAGCCGUAUCCUGAUCGCCCAGAGCGAUUUGAUGUGUUUCCCUACAUCUUGUGUCAAAAGGGUUUGCACGGUCGCUGUUACUGGGAGGUUGAGUGCAGUGGGAGCGACUGUGUUGUAGCAGUUUGUUACAAAAGAAUUAGACGUAAAGGAAACCGCAAUGACUGUAGACUUGGCUUCAACAAAAUAUCCUGGAGAUUGGGCUAUUUUCUGCAGAAUUUUAGUUUCAUACAUGCUAAAGCUGAAGUCUUGAUCCCUGUUGUCCGCUCCUCUAGAAUAGGAGUGUAUCUGGAUCACAGAGCAGGAACUCUGUCCUUCUACAGCGUCUCUGACACAAUGACUCUCCUUCACUGAACCCUUAUACCCUGCUUUUGGGGUUCUAGAUGGUUCAUCUGUCAGGAUCAUAAAGCAGAGGAGAGUUCAGACAGACCAAAAAUAAAUAUAACUGAUCAUGUUUCCGAUUCAGUUGCUAAACUCCUAACAAGUGUAUAUAUUUCAAUUAAAAUGUAAUCGGAAGUUGGGAUGAACAAAAGGCAUAACAUUUCUUAAACACCAUCAAUUAAUAAAAAAAACAUGCCUUUGAGACACUCUCAAGUUGAAUAUAGGAAAUAAAUAUACAGUAUACAACCAGGGCCACAUUAAGACUACAGGGGGCCCCUGAGCUUUACCUCUUGAGGGGGCCCUUCAUCCACCAGAACUAUAACCUACAUUCACUCAGUCUUCUUAAUCACGAAGUGCAAGUUAUCAGCCUUUUAUUUUGCACGAAUAAAUGCCAUUACCAAAACAUCCGAACCUAUAGGUCUGUUAUAAAAUAAAAAUAUCACUCCAUGAACUACAUAUUGGCACAUAGUCUGAACUAUUUGUACAGGCUACUUACAGUACUAAGAACUACUGCUUACAACAACUCCAUCUCAAAUCAGCCUUUUGUUUUGCAGAAAUAAAUGCAAUAAAGCUCUCAUAUACAACA